AUGGCGGAACUGACCAAUUUUGAAAGACAAGGCCUGCUGGCAGAUGAAGAACUUGAGAAAUACCAGAAUAGCGGUGAUGUGAAACCCGUGGACAAGGCCCCUCACCCUUUCAAGAGAUGGUAUGAUAGCUUUCGCCCACGAAAACAUGAUACGUCGAGCCAGCGGCGACACGUGGAGGGCUGGUCGGAUUCUUCAUCUCAUGGCUCGCGCGAUCACCGUUCGAGUGUGUCCGAAUCAUCGCAGUUCGAAACUAUGUUGACGGCCUCCACCAGCGUCACAAGUCAGUGUCUGCUGCAAUCACGGACAAGCGUACCUGGUAGAACAACAGCCAGUAUGUUCUCGGACUCGGGCAACUCUGGUGAUUCACCCCAUUCGAGCUCGAGUAACCAUCUGGAUGAGGCCACGGACCUCAGGGCAACGAAACGGCGUCACAUACUUCGGGAGCUUGUCACGACUGAGUGUGAUUAUGUGUUGGGCUUGAAGGCUCUUACCGGAAUCCUCACCAUCUUUAAUAUCCGACGAAAGAUAUCGGACAACGUUCAAGAGAUCUUAAACAUGCACGAGCAUUUUCUGACCAAGCUCCAGGCGGCAUCUCCAAUGUCGGCGCUUCAUGCCCAACGAGCAAGUGACUUGGAGUUCACAUCCAAGGGCAUUUCAAAACGGUUGAGCACGAACCUGGGCAGCUUGAGGGGAUUACAGCAGCGAUCGCUGAGGAGUCGGACAAUGAAAGCCUCUGUCAACCAGCGCCUCAAGGCCCUCACAGCUGAUCCGGCAGAGGCACUAGAUGUUGCAAGGAAGAUAGAGGAACUGUCGCGUUUGUUCUCUGCGUAUGACGAGUAUUGUGCGAAUUACGAAAUAUUCUCACACGAUGUUGCGCUUCUGCGCCGGAAACCUGCCGAGUGGACAAUCUACGAUCGAGGAAUUGAGGCAAUGGCCAAGUCGGUUGCAUCAACUGAGCGCCGCAGGCAUGAUGACAGCAAAUCAAUGACCUUCAAUGACUUAUUGAUCAAACCUAUUCAACGACUUUGCAAAUACCCGUUGAUGCUUCAGGAUCUACUCAGAGCUACGCCUGUCAGCGACUGCCCAUCCGCACAUGAUGAAAUGCAACAAAUUUUGGAUAGUACACGGAAGUUGGUAGGACGCAUCAAUAUGGCAACUGGAAAUCCAGUAUACAAAGAUCGCAUUUCCAAAACAAUGCUGCUUCGCGAGAAGGUUGAUGUUUCGAAAUCAGUAAGCGACUCCAAUCUCAUGGCUAUCAUGAACAUGGCUGAUAUACCCCAGAACGAUUCCUUGCAAGACAUUUACCAAGACCUGGGCGCGAUGAUCCUAUGUGGCGUGCUUCAUGUCACCUACCAAACAACUGAAGCGACGAUAACUGGGGAGUUCAUGGUCUGUGCUCUUUUCAACCGCUACAUGCUAUUUGCGAAGGGGGUCGAUGACUUACGUCGACUAGAGGCUGUGUCCUGUGUUUGUCUUGACAAGGUCAAGAUUGACGGACUAUGUUGCUACGGGUGUAUCUUUUCAUGGAAGCUUCUGUUUCAAGAGCGGAAUCGGAAUUAUGAAUUCGUACUCAGCGCAUCAUCGGCGGUGGAGGAGAGGCACUGGAACACUGAAAUUCUCAGGCUAUCCGCAUCACUGGCCGAAGUUGCCACGCCUAGGACCGGGGAGUCAGAGGCUCAUUCUUUCUUAACGCUCCGGUUAGCGCCUCUGGACCAGGUUCAAUAUCAGGUGUCUUCUUUAGCUCGACGAUCAUGUAUGGACUCGGCGGCGGUCACAUGCAAGUACGGGGUUCAGCAUGUGGUUAUCAGAAAAACGCAUUACCCACGUCACGUGGAAGAACCAACUGCCCAGGUUGAAGGCGAAAUCGAGCGUCCUAAGACACCUCCGGAGGGCGCAUCGGUGACAUUGGUUGCCCGGCGGAUAGACCGCAUUCGCCUGGAGCGACUGAUUGUGGACGUCUGGUCUCGGGACCUUCUCCCAACCCCAGGAAUGGUUUUGGGGAGAGGUGAUCUCUUUCGACGUCGUCCACUUAUGAAAAACCUCAGUAUUCACACCGGGUUCCACAGGCGCUCAGCUUCCGUUGGUGUCACCACUUCCCGCAAGCCGUCAAGCGAGGUUCGGUCAGAGUACGAUGGAGAGACCAAGGAGAUUGGACGCAGCAGUGAUGCCUACGAUGACAAGGAGGAGAAGGAGGUUGAGUGUCAGCCUUAUAGCCCUGUCACACCACAACAAACCCGCAAUCUGCGGCUCAUGGGCUCGUCUCGAACGAAUUCACCUCGAACGAAUUCACCUCGAACGAAUUCACCUCGAACGAAUUCACCUCGAACGAAUUCACCUCGCAGCGAGAUCCGAUCGAGCCAGGACGAUAGCCCUGAGCCAGCUCCGUCUCCGAAGAAAUGGUCAUCUCCCAAGAGUUUGUUUAGUGCCUUGGCACCCAAGAAGUUGAAAAAGGCCCCGCUCUCCGGUUGA